UCUCAGCCUGAGUAGCUAGGACUCCAGGCCUGAGCCACCAGAGCCCAUCCUGAGCGGUACUCACCAGUGCCCUUGGGACUACCUUCGCUUUCUUCCACCAAGCUCCCACCUAGCUCCUAGGUCCUACAAGUUUCUUCAACUCAUUUCCAUACUCUGCCCCCUAGAUGUAAUGCUUCUCCAUAGUGUGAGUUCCAGAACUCUGAAGCUCCCUGACCAGAACCCUGACUGGCUUGCCUUUAGUACAAGAUUGUUUGGAGGGAGGAGAGGGAGAGAGAAAUAACAGUAAUGUCAGCAAAGAGGCCAGGGUCUUGCCUACAUGGGAGAUUAUUGACUUUGGCUCUCAGCUACUUUUACUUUGAAAAGCUGAGUUGCAGAGAGAGAGAAAUUCAUCUCUCUUGUUCCUCUUUCUCCCUCAUUAAGACUUAUCUUCUAUUGGCUCUAAACUAUGCAGUUUCUACAAUGGCCAUAGGAAAUGACCCAAAGCCAGAGGCCUGUGGAUAGAUAGGUCAGCUUUAAUAGCCCUUCAGUAUGAAACCUUUCCAAUUGUCCCAGAGCCACCUUCUGCCAUCUGCUCAAACCAAGAAUGUCCUUUCUCCGUCUCUCCUCCUCCAUCCUUAACACACAUACAGAAUAACUGCCAGCUUCCUUUCUUAUUUUGUCUUCCAACAUUGGCUGUCAUACAAGAAUGAGAAAACACUCCAAGCUACAAGAUUCCCAUCUCCUCAGAGUGAUAUAUUGGUUAGCCAAUCCGGUGAUGUGUUCUGCUGCAUUUGUUUUCAAUUCCCUCUCCUGCUCUUCAGAGUCCGUGCUGAACAAGCCACACCUGGGGAAGACAUAGGAGCCAAAACAUGGUUUUCUCAUCUUCUACCACCAGAGACCCAACAGGAACAGCCCCUGAGGUGAUCAGACUAGCAAAUGUCAUGGCAGAUGGACAGAAUGCAUGUCGUCUCCUCUGGGGACUUCACUUGCCUUUAAAAUUUCACAGCCAUAACUUGUGCUCAGGACUUCUUUGACGGCUGCUCCAUGGGAUUUUUUUUUUUCCUCUGCUUUUGAGUCUUGUUUCAUUUUUUUAUCGUCUUGCUUUCCCACUAGCAGCCUUUCCCUAAAGCAUGACUGAGUUUAUGGCUCCUAAGGAGCCUCUCUAAGACCCUUGGCUAUUUGUCUUCCCCCAUUAGGCAAAUGAUUUCCAAGUUAUGAGUCAGUUUGUCGCUGUGUACAUGCUCUUCCGGCUGACCCUUGCCGGCUGGCUACUUUAUGUCGAUGAGCUUUUUUAUUUCCUUAGCUCCUCUGUCACUCUCUCGAGUCUUUUGUUUUCAUCAGCAGGAGGUGAGUAUUGGUCACCUAAAUGUGAGGCGUUGGCAGAACCAUUAUAUUAAUCAACCAAACAGACCCCAAGCAACUCUUGAGUUGGUCCUUAGUCUCACUGCAAUGGAGUCACAGCUUGCUUUUGAAGCUUCUCUUUAGUCAAGGGAAUGUCACUUGCCUUACUAUGGCGGCCAGCCACAUGUCAUGCUCCCCUGAUCUGUGUCUUCCAGAAACAGUUACCGUGGAGGGUAUGAGCUCCUCUUAAGGACCUUGACCUUUCUCUAGGGCCUGAAGGAGGGAGGACCCUAUAGAAAGGAGCUGAGGGUGAACACAGGACUCAGACUUUCUCUCCUGCCCUCCCACUGGCCCACUUCCCUGAAAGAAAGCUUGCUCAGAGUUGAGAAGGCUGAGCGCCCCCCCCCCCCCGGGGGCUAGGGAGAACUGGAGAGCACACGGCUUCCUUACCUCUUGCCUGUUGAUUGGGAAGCACGGAUCUGCCAGCCUUCUGCCUCAGCUCCUCUCCUUGGCCCUAAGCUCCAGAUCCCUUCCUAUCCUGUUCUCCAGCUCUUGACUCCUUCUCCAUUCACUUCACCAUCUGCUCAGGGACCUGCCCUCCAGCACCGCCAUCCCCAAGGAUGGAGUGCUUCACCGUCGCCAUGUACCAUCCAUCGACAGCCUGAACCACCAAACAGACACCAAAAACCCUCCCUCGGGUUUCUGAGGCUCUGCUGCUCCACACUGAGAGGCUCCUUAAAGGUGCUAGCCCCUGAGAUAGCUCCCUGACUUAAUGUCCCCCUCUCGUGAACUUCUUUCAUCCCCAGAUCAUCUUCCAGUAACAUUAUAUGUUGUAUAAAAAAAAAAAAAGAACAACCAACUUUCAUAAUCAGUCGGUGUAGGUUGCAGAUCUCCUGGCUGUGUAUCACAUAUGCCUUUGGUGAAUGCUCUCGCUGCUUGCUUUUAUAUAGAGUUGUGUCUGACCAGGGUGGGAGGUUAGAGGAACAGGAGAGGUGAGGGUCCUAGUGCAGAUUUAGAGGACCCCCCCCCCAUCCCACCUCAGCCUCCCUCAUCCGUCUCCUAGCACAGAACCGAUUCCUCUUUCUGUUUCGCAUCCACGCAUGUGCAUAGCUGGGAAGUCCCGACCUCCCCAGGUGAGCCUGUGGGACAAGCAUAGGUGGCUGCUGGCCAGCAACCCCCCUCCCCCGGCACCAGGAGAAGGCCAGGGAAGUAGGUUAAGGCAGCUUAUGCCCUUAGCAGACGUAGGAUUGUGUGGUAGCGACCAGGGUGUACCUUUCAGUGGGGGCUGGCAGUGCAGGUUCCCCUGACUUGACCUUAGAGCUGUGGCUCUCACCACCUCUGGCUCAGAGCCCCGGGGGUGGGGUUGACAAGCACUCCAGGCACUUGUGUUGCACACUCAUGUUUGAAACCCAUUACCUGGUGACAAACUGGGAGCUUCCUACAGGGCAUGGGGAUUGCUUAAAAACCACCCUCUGCCUUAGCACUCACACAUAUUCUCCAGCCCCUCAUUCCACACAAUGCCGCCCCCCAUCCUCCAGCUCAAAUUCUACGUUUGUCUCCCUUCAAACCUAUCUCUAAAACCUGCCCUGGCAUCGGAUGGGCAGGAGUGGGCCCUAUGUCCCUCUGAGUUCUUGCUUAUGUUAAGGACCAGCAGAACUUCACCCCGUUCCUAACACACACACACACACACACACACACACACACACACACACACACACACACACACACACCUUGGGGCGUGGAGGGGAUGAGCCUCUACCCAGCUCCAACAGAGGAGGCUGUGCAUCCUGGUAUAGAACCUGCGGAGAAGGAAGCAGUGUGUAUCUCUGAUUAUAUCUCUGUUCAUCUAUAUAUUUUUGACAUGUAGCAGUACCUCUCCAUAUCCAGGAGCUCGGCUUGGCCUGGGUCUCCCAGGCUCCAGUGGUGACCCUGACGGGUGGGAGGAUGCAGUGCUACGGGCUAUUUUGUUACAAAGCAGUUGUUCCCCUUCCCUCACCUGAUUCAGCAUGACCCCUGUGAGCAGGCUCUCACAAUCUCCCGGGGCGGGGCUGAGGCAGGGGCUUUGUGCUCUUCUCCCUAACUGUCCCUUGUCCCUUCCCCUUGCCACCUAGCAAUUAUCCCCCCCCCCCCGCCCUGCCCUGACAUAUAUUGUGCCUUAUUUAUGCUGCAGUUAUAACAUUAAACCAUCAAGAGAAUGCUUAGUGUGUCUGGUGCUUCACUACUCUGACCACAGUUCCUUCUGGCCGCUCAGCACUCACUGGGCUUUCAUGUUUGGGGUUGUCAUCCCUGUUUGUUUGUACAGGGAAGAUACAGCCUGCAGAAGGCAGAUAAAUAAUGCAAACUACCCAGCCAGACAGAAGGCCGGGAGCACCGAUCUGGAAACUGUCUUGGUGACGGAGGCCGUUGGUGUCUUGGGAACACUCAGCAGAGAACAUGUGUGCUUUAUGCACACGGGGGACAGAGUGUGAGGGCACCAGCCUUCUUUCCUUCCAGUGUCUCCUCUCCUCCUCCUGAGAAAGCAAAGGCCCUACCUGCAGCAAGCUUCUAGUGUGGCUGGGGAGUGAAGCUUUCACGGGAGGAGGAGGUGGGUCCGGAUGCAGGUAAGAAUCCACAAGGAAACAGGUCAUGCUCCAACAUUCAAGGGCUGGGACGCGGUAUAGGUAAGAGUUCCCUGUGUCUGUAUUUCCUCUACAGUUUCCACAAGAACAGAGAGCCAGACUGGAAUGCUUGAGUUCCCUGACGUUUCCCAGUGGGACAGAAGACAAGAAGACAAUGGACCCCACAGACAGCAAGCCCAGACCCCUGGGUCCCUCUUACACUCCCUGCUCCAAGCCAUGGAGAGAUCUGGCCGGAGUCCAGCCUUCCUGUUUCAGCCCCAGAGGUUUGGCAGAAAUGCCCAGGGGCCUUGGAGCAAUGAGAGGCUGAGUCCUGUGGCUGGAGAGUUCUGGAGCCUGGCUACCCCUCAGCGCUUAGGGAAGAAGUAACAGUGCCAUCCCUGUCUGCAUGCAAGGCCCACACCCCACAGUGCCAUGUGUCUCCCCAAAUAAAAUGGUCUGGCUUCUGGAUCUGUGUUGA